AUGAGAAGAGAUGUGUUCCUUCGGAUAGUAGACGCUCUCUCAAAUGUCUAUCCGUAUUUCCAACAGAGGGUUGAUGCAACUGGAAGAAGAGGCUUGUCGCCACUUCAGAAAUGUACCGCUGCGAUACGGAUGUUAGCAUAUGGCGUAGCAGCUGAUGCUGCUGAUGAUUAUGUGCGCAUAGGCGAGAGCACUACAAUUGAAUACUUGGAAAAUUUUGUUGAAGGUGUCAUUUCCAUGUUCCAGGAUGAAUACUUGCAAAAACCCAAUCGAAAUGACGUACAACGCCUGCUACAAAUGGCGGAGGGUCGUGGCUUCCUUGGCAUGUUGGGUAGCAUUGACUGCAUACAUUGGCAAUGGAAAAAUUACCCAAAGGCGUGGAAAGGUAUGUACAUGAGUGGUUAUCGUAGAGUUGCAACCAUAGUACUUGAGGUUGUAGCAUCUUCAGACCUUUGGAUAUGGCAUGCGUUCUUUGGAGUUUUUGGUUCAAAUAAUGAUAUCAACGUGUUAGAUCGUUCUCCAGUGUAUGAUGAUAUUCUAAAUGACCAUGCUCCGGAGGUAAAUUAUACUAUUAAUGGUAAUAAUUAUACAAUGGGAUACUAUUUAGCAGAUGGUAUUUAUCCUGAAUGGGCCGAUACUACUUAG